ACGGCAGAUCCAUAAUUUCUCAAUGGGGUGUCAUCGCGAAGGAACCCAUCGAUAUAAUAAUAUCAGCGAGGUAGAUCUCCUUUCAUGAUCUCGUCUUCUUCCUCGGAAUCACAGUUUCUCCAAACUUCGAAGAUCUUCGUUUGCCGCACGAGUUUCUUUGAUAGUUUGAUACAGGAUUCUUCUCAGAGCUCUGUAUGCGCUAAUCUCUGCUUAAGAUCUGACAGAAAUUCUCGAAAAACUGAUAAAAAUGGACCUUUUUUAUCAAUGGAAGAUCCGGAUUUUGAUUUUCAGUUUGCUAAUUCAAUCCGUGUACGGAUUUUACCUUCCCGGUAGCUACCCUCACAAAUAUGCUGUUGGAGAUCCUUUAUCAGUGAAGGUGAAUUCCCUAACUUCCAUCGAUACUGAAAUGCCCUUUAGUUAUUAUAGUUUACCCUUCUGUAAGCCAAAGGACGGUGUCAAAGACAGUGCUGAAAACCUGGGCGAGCUUCUCAUGGGUGAUCGGAUUGAGACUUCUCCCUAUCAGUUUAAGAUGUACACCAAUGAGACAGAGAUCUUUCUGUGUAAAACAGAUCCGUUAUCAGCAGAUAAUUUUAAGCUGUUGAAGAAAAGGAUUGAUGAGUUGUAUCAGGUUAAUUUGAUUCUUGAUAAUUUGCCUGCUAUUCGGUACAACAGAAAGGAAGGUUACAUGUUACGGUGGACAGGAUACCCAGUUGGAGUAAAGGUUCAGGAUCUGUACUAUGUAUUUAAUCAUUUGAAAUUUACAGUUCUUGUGCAUAAAUACGAGGAAACCAAUGUGGCUCGUGUGAUGGGGACUGGAGACGCAGCCGAGAUGAUUCCAACAAUUGGAAAUGGGGGAUCAGAUGUGCCUGGGUACAUGGUUGUUGGUUUUGAGGUGGUUGCAUGCAAUGUCCAGCACAAUAUUGAGUCAGUAAAGAAUUUGAAUGCAUAUGACAAGUACCCAUCUGGGAUCAAGUGUGAUCCAACCAGUGUAACUGUGCCUAUUAAGGAAGGUGAGCCAGUAGUUUUCACCUAUGAGGUCUCAUUUGACCUGAGUGACAUCAAAUGGCCCUCUAGGUGGGAUGCAUAUUUGAAGAUGGAGGGAUCAAAAGUUCACUGGUUCUCAAUUCUCAACUCCCUGAUGGUGAUCACAUUCCUUGCUGGUAUUGUCCUUGUGAUCUUCUUGAGAACAGUUCGUCGGGAUCUGACACGUUAUGAGGAGCUUGACAAAGAGGCACAAGCACAGAUGAAUGAGGAGUUAUCUGGGUGGAAACUUGUUGUGGGUGAUGUUUUCCGUGCUCCAAGCAACUCUUCCCUCUUGUGUGUAAUGGUUGGAGACGGAGUUCAGAUUCUUGGAAUGGCGGUUGUAACGAUUCUGUUUGCUGCCCUUGGUUUCAUGUCACCUGCCUCACGUGGAACACUUAUUACAGGUAUGCUGUUUUUCUACAUGAUUCUUGGCAUUGCAGCUGGUUAUGUUGCUGUACGGCUAUGGAGAACAAUUGGUUGUGGUGAUUCCAAAGGAUGGGUUUCAGUCUCUUGGCGUGCUGCAUGUUUCUUCCCUGGCAUUGCCUUUUUGAUUCUAACCACUUUGAAUUUCCUAUUGUGGGGUAGUCACAGCACAGGAGCCAUUCCAUUUUCUUUGUUUGUUAUUUUGCUUUUGCUCUGGUUCUGCAUCUCAGUUCCCCUCACCCUAGUUGGUGGGUACCUUGGAGCAAGAGCGCCUCAUAUUGAGUACCCCGUUCGAACCAAUCAAAUUCCCCGUGAAAUUCCUGCCCAGAAAUACCCAUCCUGGCUGUUAGUUCUUGGUGCUGGUACUCUCCCUUUUGGAACCUUAUUCAUUGAACUCUUCUUUAUCAUGUCCAGUAUAUGGAUGGGUCGAGUUUACUACGUAUUUGGAUUUCUCUUCAUUGUUCUGAUGCUUCUUGUGGUAGUUUGUGCUGAAGUGUCUCUAGUUCUAACCUACAUGCAUCUUUGUGUCGAGGACUGGAAAUGGUGGUGGAAGUCCUUCUUUGCUUCUGGUUCAGUUGCAAUAUACAUUUUCUUGUACUCCAUAAACUAUCUUGUGUUUGAUCUUAAAAGUUUGAGUGGGCCUGUAUCUGCGACUCUCUACUUGGGCUAUUCACUCUUUAUGGUUCUGGCAAUUAUGCUUGCAACCGGCACUGUUGGGUUCCUCUCAUCCUUCUGGUUUGUGCAUUACUUGUUCUCCUCGGUGAAGCUGGAUUGAAGAACUUAAAAAAUUAGAUUCUCCGAAGAGUGGCCAGCGAUAAUCUGCAGAGAAAUGAGCACCCUUAAAAUUGUCCUUGCAAAUGCUACAUGCAUCCCAAAUUAUAAUGUUUGUUGUUAGGGUACUUGUUAAAGAUAAUUACAAAAACUUUUCCAGUUUUGUUUAAUUCUUUAUUAGUAGGUGGGAUCAUUGCAUGAUACGAAGUUCAUCUGUGUUAUCCUUGGGGGGGUGGGGGAAAGCAGCAUCUCGAUAACGGUAGUGGAUUUGCCUGAUUUUUAUUAUCUACUUCACUAGUAAGAGUUGUAUGAAUUGGAAUGGAGAAAUAUCAAUUUUCAAUUUUCAA